CCGUAUUUUAUCAUCUUUAGUGUGCUUUCCAAGUGACACGGAGCCUCUAUCCAAUGAAUCGCUCCACCUGGACCGCAAUGUGCUCUCCAGAUGGCUCAGCCCCUCUUAAGCUGCCCUGGUGUGAUGCAUUUUCCCUGCGCUGGGAUGGGUUUUCCCUGCAUCCCGGCUCCUCCCUGCCUGGCUGUUACUGACAGAUGCAUGGCUAAUGCCCUGUAGCUCUCUGGCAUGUCAUUCAGGAGAAACAAAAGCAGAUUUCUCCCCCCGCCAGCCCGCAGCAGUGAGGAUAAAGGGGAUGCUUUUGUGCUUCCCCUGCAGAAGGGCUCAGUGUGCUUUGCAGAGGGGAUCUGGCUCUGUUCAGAGUCCUAACGUGGAUGGGAGCGCUCCGGGAAUGAGGUUGAGUCUUUGCUAGGUCCGACCUGGAGAACACAACUUGUGAGCAAGGAUGCAUCGAAUGCUGAAAGAAGAAUCAAGCUUCAGGACAAGCAGCCUGGAGAAAGUGACGCGGGACCCGAGCAAAGAAAAGCUGCACAUGAAGCUCUGCAGUGGGUCCUGCCACGCCGAGCAGAUCCUCCAGACACUCAACUCCUACAGGCAGAGCGGCAUCUUCACCGACGUGGUGCUGUUGAUCGAUGGACAAGAGUUCCCCUGCCACCGUGCCACUUUGUCAGCCAACAGCACCUACUUCCGGGCCAUGUUUGGUGGCAAGCUCAAGGAAGGCCACCAGGAUAUCAUUAAUAUCCAGAAGAUACCUGCUUCCACUAUGUCUCUCCUCCUUGAUUAUAUGUAUGGGGGGAGCAUCAUCAUUCAGGAGGACAAUGUCGAAAGCAUCUUGGAACUGUCUGACUUGCUGCAGAUCUCCAAGCUUAGAGAUGCCUGUGUUACCUUCCUUGAAGGCCAGCUUCACCCAUGCAAUUGCUUGGGCAUCAUGAAGUUUGCCGAUUCAUUCUCCAUUGCUUCUCUGACAGAGAAGAGCAAGAGGUUCAUGCUGGAGUGUUUUGUGGAGGUGUCGUGCCAUGAGGAGUUCCUGGAGAUGGAUGUGAAGGAGCUGGUUGAGUAUCUGUCUGAUGAGGAGCUGGUGGUCCCCAAGGAGGAAGUGGUCUUUGAGGCAGUCAUGCGCUGGGUACGGCACGAUGUACCUGGCAGGAAGGGAGCCUUGAAGGACCUCCUUGAGCAUGUACGUCUGCCCCUCCUCAACCCCACCUACUUCCUGGAGAAGGUGGAAAUGGACGGGCUCAUCCAGGACUCUAAGGAGUGCAUUCCUCUACUGCAUGAGGCCCGCAAGUACUACAUCCUGGGGAACGAGGUCAGCUCGGUGCGAUCAAGACCCAGAAGGUUCAUGGAGCUGUCAGAAGUCAUCAUUGUCAUUGGCGGCUGUGACAAGAAAGGGCUUCUGAAGCUGCCCUUCACUGACCUCUACCACCCAAAGAGCAGGCAGUGGACAGCCCUCUCCAGCGUGCCUGGCUACACCAAGUCAGAGUUUGCUGCCUGCACACUGAAGAAUGAUGUUUACAUAUCAGGAGGACACAUCAGCAGCAACGAUGUCUGGGUGCUGAGCUCCCAGUUGAACGUCUGGAUCAAGGUUGCUUGUCUACAGAAAGGCCGAUGGAGGCACAAAAUGGCAGCUCUUCAGGGCAAGAUCUACGCUGUGGGAGGCUUUGAUGGCUUUUAUCGCCUCUCCAGCCUGGAGUGCUAUGACACCUUCUCCAACACUUGGUCAACCUUGGCCCCGCUGCCUCAGGCCGUGAGCUCGGCGGCUGUGGUCUCCUGCCUCAACAAGCUCUAUGUGCUGGGAGGUGCUGUGGAUGACACCGCUAACACCGACAAGGUCCAGUGUUACGACCCAGAGGACAACAAGUGGACGCUCUUGUCUCCCACCCCUUUCUACCAGAGGUGCAUCAGCGCUGUCUGCUUGGACAACAUCAUUUAUGUUGUGGGAGGACUCCUCAGUAAAAUCUUCAGCUAUGACCCAAGGAAAGACAGCUGGAGAGAAGUGGCCGCCCUCCCUGGGCCUCUGGAGAGCUGUGGCCUGACGGUGUGUGGAGGGAAGAUCUACAUCCUGGGUGGCCGGGAUGAGAAUGGGGAAGGCACGGACAAGGCAUUCACUUUCGACCCGGUGACGGGCAGUGUGGAGCAGCAGCCGCCGCUGCAGCGCUGUACCAGUUACCAUGGCUGUGUGACCAUCCUGCAGCACACCAACAGAUGACCACGGGGCUUCAACUGCAUCCACUUCCCAGCCAGAGCUUCCCCUUGAGACAGUGGCCAUGCAGCAUGUGGACAGACCCCUCAUCUUUGUAUGGGGAAGGGCAGUAGAAGCCACUGAAGAUGCUCCAGCCAGCCCCUGAUGAUGGCCUGAGGAUGCCAAUGGCUUUGAUGCUGAUCUAGGUGAGAGGAUGAAAAGGUGCUGGGCUGUGUGAAGCUGCACUGGAGGCCUUGCCACAGCAGGAUUCAAGCAUCCUUGCAGCCCUUGGGACUGUUGAAUUUGACCUUUACUUAGGUUUUUGUGGCUAUAGAUGACAGCUUUCCUUUAUGUUGGUGGCAGAGGCUCACAGUCCUACAAGGACAUGUAACUGCUGCUUUCUGAUGCCAAGACUGUUGCAGUAACAAAUUAUAGUUACAGGAUCCAACCCUUUAGCUAAAGCUAUCAGGUAUUUAUCUCUGUAGAAGCCUGGUUCAAACCACGGUGGUGAUUUAAAUGGUCAUUAAUGUCGAUGAGGAAUUAGACCCAUCACAGUGGAAAGCUGAGAUUGAGACUUCAAUACUGAUAUUCCAAGAAAAUCUCUGCACUCCAUCCCCAAAACCCUGGUUAAAUAGUGGCUCCAUUCUGCAUGUACUGUAUGAGGGUCUAUUCCCUUAAACCCUAGAUUUCUGUCUCUUUUCAUAUAUGUUUUGUGGUUGGGUUGCUGUCUCACUGUGUCUUUGUCAUUGAGAGGACAAGUGGAUGAUGUAGCCAAGAGCUCCUUCUUCAGAAAGCAGAAGUAGGGGGAAUAUUAGCACGUAGGGAUGAAGCAUUAAGACCUGAAGCGUGGUAGCCAUAGAAUUGCAUCUGGCUCAUUUUGGCUCUGCACCAUGCUAGCAAGUAUUAAAAUAAACUCAACACUUAACAGCUUUGAUACAGAAUCCUUUGGAGCCAGAACAUGCAGCUCAUUUGGAGGGUGAGCUUUUAAUCACACACACUGUGCUGCUCCAAGCCACUUGGCCUCGGGUCUAGAAAUGAUCCUGAGUACAUCUGAUUGGGUAGAAUAGCCAUAGAUUUUGGUGUCAGUGUCUUUACUCCAGGACUGGAUGUGGUAAAUUUGGAUGGCUCCAUGUAAAUGUUCGUGUUGUUCAAGUCACUGCUAAUUGUAGAGUGGGGUCUCUUAAACUCCCAUUAUGUGUACAUUGUGGGGUGUACCCCCUGUAGCAGGCUGCUGGCUUCUCUGCACCUUCCCUUCCUCACCCCAACGAUGACUUCUUCCUGAAACAGAGGAAAUGACUUUCUCCACUGGCCCAAAUGCUCCCCUUUCAGGGCCAUUUAGCUGUCUUCAAUCAGGUUUUGACUGUUCCCCCCUAUAGCUGGUUUCUAUGAGGUUCUCUUUAGUAUGUGUGUCAACUCUGAGAUGUUCACCUCUUCUUUGUGAUGAUAUGAGGCUUGCCUGUACAUGGCAAACAGAAGUCCCUGCUGAAAAACCUAAACUGGUUGCAAUGGGACACACUGAUCUCCUCUUCUCUUUAAGAAGCGUAUGUUCUUCCAUUGCCCAAGAGACAAGCACAGUGUUUCACUGCAUAAAACAUACCUUAUGCUCUUCAUAGUCACAUUUGGGAAGUCUCAGGGCUAUCAGACUCAUUCUGAUCAUCAAGGUGCACUAUCUGGAUGUUUUCAGCCUCAAAUUCUCCUUAAGGCCUUUGCAUGUGGGUUAGCCCUUUUCUCAGGUCUUGAGCAGCAUAAUGUGUUUCUUAAGCAAUAUAAAGGAGAAUCAGUGCUUGUAUAGGUUAUUCCCAUGAGGGGAGAAAAGGAAAUUUGUGCUGGUAAAAGGCAAUUUCAUUGCAAUCAAAUUGCCCUCACAGUGGGGUGUUUAAUGGGAAUGGUUAUAGGGGGAGAAACUGGCACCUUUCCCUCAGCUGGUUAAAUUGGCACAAAAGAAAGCAAAGGUACAUCAACCCAUGCUGUGAUAGCCCUCAGGGCCAAAGGCCUCUAUCCUCCUAUAGCCUGAUCUUCCAAGGACCACAGUCCAUAUUUCCUACUCAUUUUUGCCUCUCUUACUGUUCCCCUGUGCCUUAAGCAAUUCACUGCUUUGGUAUGGGCACCCUGUCAAAGUGUGUGGCUUGGGACCCCCUAUCACCACCUUGACUCAUGAUUCAUAUUGUAGAAUGUUUGGUGUUGGAAGGGACCUUAAAGCCCAUCCAGUUCCAACCCCUGCCACGGGCAGGGACCCCUUCCACUGGAGCAGCUUGCUCCAAGCCCCUGUGUCCAACCUGGCCUUGAGCACUGCCAGGGAUGGGGCAGCCACAGCUUCUCUGGGCACCCUGUGCCAGUGCCUCAGCACCCUCACAGGGAAGAGCUUCUGCCUUAUCUCCAACCUGAACUUCCCCUGUUUCAGUCUGAACCCAUCACCCCUUGUCCUAUCACUGCAGUCCCUGAUGGAGAGUCCCUCCCCAGCAUCCUUGUAGCCCCCUUCAGACACUGGAAGCUGCUCUGAGGUCUCCACGCAGCUUCUCUUCUCCAGGCUCAACAGCCCCAAUGUUCUCAGCCUGGCUCCAUACAGGAGCUGCUCCAGCCCCUGAGCAUCCUCGUGGCCUCCUCUGGACUUGUUCCAACAGCUCCAUGUCCUUCUUAUGUUGAGGGCACCAGAAGUGCACACAGUGCUGCAAGUGGGGUCUCACCAGAAAAGAGAACCUUCGAUCAUUCCAUUCAGCUGAAGGAUGGAGAAACUCUUAUUCUUGUUUUGGCAUGAUAGAAAGAAUAUUCACAGAGAAAAUGAGAAGUGAUUUGUCUUGGCUGAUUCUUGCUUUCCUUGUUGUGACAGGAGUACACAAAGCAUGAACCUGUCUGCCCCUACAAUCUGCUUCUGUGUGAGACAACACUCCUCAGACCACAUGUAAAGCACCUCCCUGCCGUGUUUAUGGCAAUGCACCUUCCUGCUGGGGGUGCUCUGUAUAGCAAAAGAUGUAGAAGGAAGUAGUGAUCAUCUGCAAAGCAUGUGCAGGAAUUCCAGCUUGGUGUAUUUAAGCUUCUAAAAACAAAAUAAAUGACUCGUUUUGCACUCCAAA